CCUGAGAUCUCUUCAUUUAUCUUUUGAGUAACUUUCGUAAAUAUUUGCAAGAGUGAUGCAAUUAACUUGCUUAUUUUAGCAUAAUAUAUGCAUUAAUUAGAUUUUAUUAGAUAGAAAUUAAGUGUUGGUAUUGUUGAUUGUUUGGAACUUUUAGUUUCUUUAAAGGCAACAAACAUUACUAUCAUUAGUGUCAUUCCACAUAUAUUCUAUUUGUUUAUAGGAUGUCAGUACUAAUAGAAGACGAACAAAUGAAUAAUCAACGGCUGUUGCCACGGAUAGCGCUGAUCGCAUGCGGCUCUUUCAGUCCACCGACCCCAAUGCAUUUUCGGAUGUUCGAAAUCGCACGAGAUUAUUUUACAAGUCAAGGGUCCCACCAUGUUGUUGGUGGUAUCGUAUCACCCACACAUGAUUCAUAUCAGAAAAAAGGACUCGUUGGAGGAACAUAUCGAUUUGCUAUGCUGAAAUUAGCUUUACAAUCAUCCACUUGGAUUAGGGCUUCCGACUGGGAAAUACAGCAACCGGAAUGGUCACGUACGCUUUCCGUUUUGCAGUAUCAUCAAAAUUAUAUGAAUAAUUAUGUCAACUCGCCGAUAGAAAAUGAAAUAAAUGGCACGAUACCGGGUUGGUUGCCACCGGGAUUACGUGAGCGUCAGGAUGGGGUGCAAUUGAAACUGUUAUGUGGAGCAGACUUGCUGGAAUCGUUUGCAGUGCCCGGACUGUGGGCUGAUAAGGAUAUUGAAGAUAUUGUGGGUAAUCACGGUCUGGUUGUGAUAACACGAUAUGGCUCUAGCCCUGAAAAAUUUAUUUUCGAGUCAGAUUUGUUGACUAAAUAUCAGAAAAAUAUUACAUUAAUAACAAAUUGGGUGCCGAACGAAGUAAGUUCAACCAUGAUACGCCGGCUUAUUUCACGUGGACAGUCAGUUAAAUAUUUGCUUGAUGAUCGGGUUAUCGAUUAUAUUCAAAUGCAAGGACUUUUCAACUGUAAAACUUUCAAUUUAGAUAAACGUAAGCCUUCAAGCAGGAAUGUCUUUUGUUGUGGAGAGAGUGAAGUCAACGCUCCAGCAAAGAAACUAUUGCCCAGUCGCAAUGGACCAGGACAAGUUGUUCAAGUUGUAACGUCCGAGAGGGGUAAAAAAUUUACAACGGAUAUACAACGUACGAGCAGUGGAAUGGAUGAGUCUGAUGCUAAAAAGAUAAAGACAGAUGCUGUGAAUGUCUAAUAAAAGACGAUAAAAAGUUCCUUAAAGAGAAAAGCUAUGAAGUAAUAUCACAAAUCAAGGGCUGUAACAGGAAUAUUAUGGACUUUGAAGCGGGAUCAAAACUUCAUACAAGAUAUAAUAUUAAACUAGUUUAGACAUGCUUACGCUUAUCUUAAAUGAAUCUUCUGUUAUUUGAAUUGUUUUUUAAUUGUAUGUUGCAUUGGCAAAAAUGUAAUUCCUUUUCGUUACACAUGUACGUAUUUAUAUGAAUAUUAUAAUGGUAUACUUGUUUGUAAAAGAUAAUACACUAAGCUACACCUUGAUGAUGCAUUAUAA